ACGGUUAGUUCGACCGGAAGCACGCUGGUAACUACAUGACGUAGAUCUACAUGUAGUCUAGGUUUAUGCCGCAUUCUAAAGCUGGGUUUGAAAGAAAAAGCUCGAAUUGAGAUCUACAGAGUUUAACAUUUUUGUGUCUGAUUAUUUUUACAAAGAACACCAAGAUGACAAAGGGCAAUAAUGCAAACAAAAAGAGGAAACUCUCAGACACUGGCCUUCAGCAGGUGACAGCUAAGAAACAAUUUUCAACACCCCAGCUAACAAAGUCACCAAGUGCACAAAAACAAUUUCAGAAGAAUGCCACUCCAUUGAAAGGCCAGACUCCAAUCUCUAAGGCAAAUAACAAAGCAAAUAAGCAGACUCCUCUACAGGGAAAAAAUAAAAAUGGUCCUCUUAAACGGAAGUUAAGUGAAGAUGAUGAUGAUGAAGAUGAUGAUGAUGAUGAUGCAGAGGAGGACCAGGAAGAAGACAGUGAUGAGGUAGAAGUAAAUGAAGAUGAGGAUGAUGAGGAAGAGGAUGACGAAGAUGAUGAUGAUGAGGACGAUGACAUGGAAGAUUCCCAGCCUUCAAGUAAAAAGGUUAAAUUAGACACUGCUCAAGGUACAAAACAGACAAAAACACCAACCAAAACUCAAGCAACACCUAAAAAGUCAGACUCACAAACAGCCACUACAAGUCAAGCUGCACUUCAAAAGACAGACGAUUUACAGGAAUCUGCAAAUUUACAAUCUCCAGAGGAUAAAAAAAGGAAAAAAGAUCUUGAUUCUAAAACAUUGUUUAUUAAAAACUUACCUGGAAACUGCACUGUCAAAGAAGUAAAAGCACUUUCCCAGGAUAUAAAGCAAGUUCGGUUGAGGAUCAAUGCCAAUUUACUCAACAAAAAAAAAAUGAGGACAGGAUAUGCUUAUGUUGAAUUUGCAAAUGAGCAGAUAGCAGAGAAAAACUUCCCAGUUUUAGCAGCUGCAGUUUUACAUGGAAACAAAUUGGUUGUUGAUUAUGUGAAUGAAAAAAGCACCUAUAAAAAAGCUGUAAAGAAAGUUGAAUUAGCCGAGUAUGAUCCUUUGAGACUGUAUGUUGCUGGGUUACCUGCUGAUGUCACAGAAGCAGAAGUUAGGAAAAUAUUCCCCAAAGCCUCUGAGAUAAUAUUACCCAUGAGGAAGAAAGACAAAAAUUUAUUUGGUUAUGGGUUCGUUAGUUUCUCAAGUCCUGAUGUAGCCAAACACUAUCAUGAUUCAUGUCAAGGCAUCAGUCUAAAGGGCAUGACAUUAGUUGUCCUCUAUGCUAAGAAAAGAAAUCCUGGAAAAAAAGAAGAAAAGAAGAAGCCAGUUACAAAAAAAGCAGCUGAGAAUGAGAAUACAAAUAACAAUAACAAAAAGAACGAGAAGAAGAAAGGACAGGUAAAGAAGACUGAGGAAGAAGAUGAGGAUGAUGAUGACGAGGAUGACGAAGAUGAGGAUGAUGAUGACGAAGAUGAGGAUGAUGAUGAUGAAGAGGAUGGUGAGGGCAAUGAAAAAGAAACAGCUGAUGAUGAUGAUGACGACGACGAUGAUGAUGAUGAUGAUGAUGAUGAUGAUGAUGAUGACGACGAUGAUGAUGAUGAUGAUGAAUAGCCUUGAGAUUUUUUAAACAACCUGUUAUUUGUUUUAUAGAUGAAAUGCAUUUUAACAUACAUACAAAUACAUUUUUAAAUGGAUAAAAAUGCAUUUUAUUAACAUCCAUUUUACAAAUAAAUUUUUGACUUAAUAUUUA